UUAAAAGGUAGUAAGACUCAGGGUAUAAACAGGGCAGCAUGUAACCCAGGAAGAGGCAGGGAGUGGAGGAGGAGGAAGAGGGGAAGGAAUAAACAUUUUACCUUUUGUCCAUCCUUUGAAAUGGUGAAUGAGGAGCAAGAUCUCAAGUAGCAUCCCAGCUUCUUCCAUAAGCUUCCUCCUGAGAAGUAACCAGUCCUCUGCUGCCUCCUGCUUCCCUUAGGCCUGAAAUUAGUGUUGGUGCCAUGAGCUGUUUCAGAAUCCGUGCAGCAGGGCCCCAGGACUGUCCUGAAAUCCUGCGUCUUAUCAAAGAACUAGCUGCUUAUGAAAAUAUGCCAAAUGCAGUAACACUAACAGAAACAGAUUUGCUUGAAGAUGGCUUCAGAGAACAUCCUUUGUAUUACUGUCUAAUAGCAGAGGUGCCAAAGGAGGGGCAAGCAGGAAGUAGUUACGCUGUAGGCUAUGCUAUGUAUUACUUUACAUAUGACCCUUGGAUUGGCAAGUUACUUUACCUGGAAGACUUCUAUAUUAUGGAGACUUAUAGAGGUUUGGGCAUCGGAUCUGAAAUCUUAAAGAGAUUAAGCCAGGCAUGUAUUAUUUAAGACAAAGACUUACAAGUUCCACACAAUUUAAGUCAUUUUCCUCAUUUUAUUAUGGCAGAAUGUAAGAUUUUUAUCUGUGCAUUCAGUUUACAGAACCCACAUUAAGGAUUAACAUGACAAACAUGGAGAAUGUAGAUUUUAUAAAGUUAUGUUUUUCCUAGGGUCCCAGGGCCAGAGCUGCCGCUGCUACCAUCUGGCUGGGUGGGGG